AUGGGUCUCGAGGCAGCGCCCGCGGCGCCGCGCCUGCUCGAACCUGAGGAGCCAAUGAACUUCAUGCCCGUAGACGAAUGGGUCGCGGCCCCCGCACGGGCAGCCGGCGCUGCAGAGGCGUUUGCCGACAGAGGCGCCGUGCCAGCCUUCGGCGGCCCAGGCCAGCAGCCCGCGCCCGCGCCCGCAGCAGUGGCCCUUGCCCGCCCGGCGGCGCCCGUGCUGGCAGAGGCGAAACCUGUUCAGCCGCAGGCUGCGCCACGUGUCAUGUUCGUUCCCGAGCCCGUCCCAGCGCCAGUGUUCGUCCCUGCCCCUGCGCCGGCGCCCAAGCCAGCGCCCGCGCCCGCGCCUGUCCCGGCAAAGCCUGUGCCAGCAUACCCCAUGCCGGCUAAGCCUAUGCCCGCAAAACCCAUGUCAAUCAAGCUUUCCUUGGAAGAGCCUGUGCUGGCCCUGCCGCACCCCGCCGCCGCCGACGCGCCCGCCGCAGAAGCCCCCCUGGCUGCCGCCUUUGCGGCCGCCGCCCAGGCGGCGGCGGACGACGCAGAGGCCACCGCCGCGGCCGCUGCAGAACGCCCGUCAAAAAAGGCCGCCAUGGCCAGCGCCCCUUUGACCGAGCCGAGCGGCCUACCUCUGGGGAUGACCCUGAUCCCGACAAGCCUGAACACGAAUGGAGAGACCGCUGGGCUGCCGGUCGGGGACGGCGUGCUGAGCUCACGGGCCUUUGUCCCUCUGGCCGCCCCCGGCGCUGCCGGCAUGCUGCCCGCCGCCCCAGCGGCGACGGGCUUUGCCGACGCCCGAGACAACAGCGGCGCGCGCUUUGCGGGCAGCAACGGAGAUGGGGCCCCCAUGUCGACUGGGGCCACGCCCGGGCAGCUGAUCCCAGGCGCGUCUGCCGGCACGGGUGGCAAGCUCGCCCCGCGGCGCCACAGCACGAACACGAACGCCGCGCCGGCGCCCGUGCGGCUCGCGGCGGCUGCGGCGCUGCCAACAGCCCUGGCGGCGGGGGCCCUGCUGCUGCUGUGA